AGAAUCAAAGCGAACUACGACCUCUGACAUGCGGAAGUGAUUCAGGAAGUAGGUUUGAAAGCGAUACAGGAAUACGAUCAUUGUGUUUCAGAAACAAGUUAAUAAAAUAUAACUUGUGACCUACCUACACAAAGCUGUAAUACGAUACACAAUGUCUAGGCAGUCCAACAGAACUACAGACAACAAGAAGAUGAAUUCAGAAUUGUUUACUCUCACAUAUGGAGCCCUGGUCACACAGCUCUGUAAGGAUUAUGAGAAUGAUGAGGAAGUGAACAAGCAGCUUGAUAAAAUGGGUUACAAUAUUGGAGUACGUCUCAUCGAGGACUUCUUGGCUCGCUCCAGUGUCGGCAGGUGUCACGAUUUCCGAGAAACAGCCGAUGUCAUUGCAAAGGUAGCCUUUAAGAUGUACCUGGGCAUCACGCCCAGUGUGACGAACUGGAGCCCUGCUGGAGAUGAGUUCUCCCUCAUCCUGGAGAGCAAUCCACUGGUGGACUUUGUGGAGCUUCCAGACAACCAUAACACUCUAAUUUACUCCAACCUACUGUGUGGUGCACUAAGAGGAGCUCUGGAGAUGGUGCAAAUGGCAGUGGAUGUGCGUUUUGCUCAAGACACUCUAAGAGGAGACAAUGUGACAGAAAUACGCAUGAAGUUCAUCAAGAGGAUUGAGGAAAAUCUACCUGCAGGUGAUGAAUGAAGCUGCUGUGUUAUUGUGGCUGGAGAAGCUGAAAACCACUGGCUUAUUGGAUCUGAAAGACUUUGAUCAUUAAGUUUGGUCAGAGCCAAACACCUACAGUUUAGCCAAAAAAGAGCUGAACCUUUGUCCAGUGAUUAAGAAGUAGUAAUCCAGUUACUUUUCUUUUUCUUUUUGGCUUUAUGGACAAUCACAUUUCCAAUGAAGCAUUUGGACUGUGAUUUAACUGGGGGGGGGCAAAAAAAAAAAAAAAAAAAAGAGAGAAUCCCUUAAACACCACCUUUAGACACUUUCUUGGGCCUGUUCCAAAUUUAAUUUGGAAAUAUGUUUCUUCUUAACUGGUGUAGUACUUUACAAUUUCCCAUCUAAUGUUUAGUUUAAAAAGGUCAUUUCUUUAUUCCAGAAAUAAACUUCCUUUAUUCUUGCAUCAUGGAUAUGCUGAUUCGAAGAAGCACAAGGAAGGAUGUACAUGCACGUUUUAAGUAGGCACAGAUGUACAGUGCAUUCCUUUAACUAGUGAUCUCUUUAUCUCCCUUAUUGGCCCCGUAUUGGAAAGGUUUUCAGACUUUUGGAAUUUGCAUUUAAUAGUUUGCCAUAAAAAUAUAUUUAGAAGAGAAAAAGAAAGCAAAAGAAAUUAAAUCAAAUAAUAGCAUAUGUUUCUUCUACUUUCUUUUUCACAUUUUUUUAAUCAGCGUUUUGUUCUGUUAAGUAUAUGUGUCGUGUAGGAGUGUAUUUAUGUAAAAAUAACAAACAUGAGAUCGAAUAAAUUACUAACACAAGGUGAA